AUGACUGAAGAAUCUCUUCCAAGCGGUCUAGCUGCCCGGAGCAGUGAUCUUAACUAUGAUUUCCCAGAAACCACCUAUCUCUCUUCUCCGGGCGGUACGUCUGAGGUUGCGCUACAGCCACUUCGGGCUAAGAGCGUUCGACAUAAUGAGAAUUUGGAUGGUCGAGCCGCGGGACUACGCGAAUUUACGCUACCGCCGGUCGAUGGAGGCAAAGAUGCUUGGCUAUGCCUCGUAGGAGGCUUUAUGCUCGAGAUGAUGGUUUGGGGAUUUCCUUAUUCCUUCGGAGUCUUUCAGGAUUAUUAUACUACAAAUGAACCAUUCAGCCACGAUGCUUCCACUGUGUCCUUGAUAGGCUCAUGCGCCUUGGGUAUCAUGUAUCUAGCUUCACCUAUAAGUCUUUUUAUCCUUCAGCGCUGGCCACAUCUCAGCCGCAUGAGCUGCAUUGUUGGUCUCGUAAUUGUACUUAUUGGCAUUAUAUCGUCUUCCUUCGCUACCCGUGUUUGGCAGCUGCUCUUGACGCAAGGCAUUGUCUACGCCAUCGGAGCCUGUAUGCUUUAUUAUCCAGUAUUACUUUUCAUUGACGAGUGGUUCGUGCGGAAGAAAGGGCUAGCAUUUGGGGCCUGUUGGGCGGGUAGCGGCGUCGCAGGCGUAAUAUUCCCAAAUGUGGCCAGGCUUGCGCUCUCGCGAUUUUCCUUUAGUGUUACCAUGUGGGCUUGGGCUGUGAUAGUGGCUGUACUUGUGUGUCCUUUCCUACCAUUUGUGAAGCCUCGUAUUCCAGUGCCCGUUACACAGGCCCGAAGGCCACAAAAGAUCAGCUUCAGGUUCUUAAAGUCACAAACAUUUCUUAUAUUUCAACUGGGAAAUCUGGUCCAGAGCUUGGGAUAUUUUGCCCCAACCCUUUACCUGCCCACAUAUUCUAGACAGGUGUUUAGAGAAUCUGGUCUCAAGACAACAGUUGCUCUGACAUCCAUGAACGCCGGUAUGGUGGUUGGGUUCCUGCUAAUUGGACAUCUUAUCGAUCGCUGGCACGUCGCAAAUGUAAUUCUUUUGGCCACAAGUUGCACUGUUUUUGGUGUUGUCGUUCUAUGGGGUGUCUCAGUCUCGUUGCCACCCUUGUGCGUGUUUGCUGUUCUUUAUGGGACCUUUGCUGGGAGUGCCAGUGCAACGUGGCCUGGGAUCGUUCGUGCGGUCAAAGAGAGAGAUCAAUCGGCUCCAGGGGGACUGCUGCUAGGUCUUUUCACAGCUGUUCGAGGGGUAGGUUCCAUAGCAUGCGGUCCCAUAAGUGAAGGUUUGAUCAAUGCCAAAUGGCCAUGGACCGCAGAGUCUUUUGCCACGGCAUAUGGAACAAACUUUGGGGGGCUUAUUGCGUUUACCGGAGUUACAGCUUCAUUUGGAGUCGUAGGUUUCGUGGCAUGGAAAAUGGGUCUGCUUCAUUGA